CUCACAGCUUAGUCUCACUCUCUGGAGCAGAACCAGGUCACUAGAAGGAUUCUGAAAGAAAUUAAGAGAGAGGUAAGCUUGUGCCCUGGGAAGACUCAAGAGAAGGAUUAAAGGAGCAUCACAAUCCUUAUCCCAAGGCAACCCCCUAUCUUGGAACUUCGAUGGAUUCUGCUCUGCCUGAGAACUCAAGGGCCAUGAAUGAGAAGAACCUGAAGUUGGUGCAGCAGUGUCUGAAACAGUUUGAUGUGACAGAGAAGCAGUUGCGGCAGAUCCAGGCAGCCAUCCUGCAGGACAUGGAGCAGGCCUUGAGCAGGCAGACGGACCCCUCUCCCACAGUCCAGAUGCUGCCCACCUAUGUCCGAUCCACCCCCCAUGGCACUGAGCAGGGCAAUUUCCUGGUGUUGGAACUAGGAACCUCAGGAGCUACUUUGCGGGUGCUGUGGGUGACACUCAGAGGCACUACUGGCCCGAGAAAAGAACCAGUAAGCUGGGAGUUCACCAUCCCCACAGAAAUCACGCUUGGCACUGGUCAACAGCUCUUUGACUUUGCUGCUGGCUGCUUGGUGGAAUUUCUGGACCGGCUGAAGGUGGGAUCCCAGCCCAUCCAGCUGGGCUUCAAUUUUUCCUUCCCCUGUCACCAGACAGGCCUUGACCAGAGCACCCUUAUUUCCUGGACCAAAGGCUUCAGGUGCAGUGGUGUUGAAGGCCAGGAUGUGGUACAGUUGCUGAGAGAGGCCAUCCAGAGGCAGGGGGCCUACAACAUUGAUGUGGUGGCUGUAGUGAACGACACAGUGGGCACCAUGAUGAGCUGUGACCCCAGGCCUCAGGCAUGUGAGAUCGGGCUCGUUGUAGACACAGGAACCAAUGCCUGUUACAUGGAGGAGGCCCGGCAUGUAGGGGAGCUGGGGGAAGACCAGGGGCGUGUCUGUGUCAACGUUCAGUGGGGUUCCUUUGGAGAUAGUGGGGCUCUGGAACCUGUGCAGACACCCUUUGACCUCCAACUGGACCAGGAAUCCUUGAACCCUGGGACUCAGAGGUUUGAGAAGAUGGUUGGGGGUCUGUACCUGGGAGAACUCGUACGCUUGGUGCUGAUCCAUCUGGCUGGCCAGAGGGCCCUUUUUGGUGGCGUCACCUCCCCUGCUCUGCUAACCCGUGGGUCUGUGCACAUAGAGCAUGUGAUGGAGAUAGAGGACCCCUCUCACGGCAGGGCUCGGGCCCAAGCAGUGCUGCAGGGGCUGGGCCUGAACCCCAGCGCCCAGGACUAUGAGCAGGUACAGCAGGUGUGUGGGGCUGUGUCUGCCCGGGCUGCCCGCCUCUGUGCUGCUGCCCUCACCGCCAUCCUUGCCCGAGUGAAGAGCAACCAGGAGAGAUCCCAUCUGGGCGUAGCUGUGGCUACAGGGGGCCGUGUUUAUGAGCAGCACCCCAGGUUCAGCACCAUCCUGCAGCAGACAGUGAGGCUCCUGGCUCCAGAUUCUGAUACCACCUUUGUCCCCUCCGAGGAUGGUGGAGGCUGGGGGGUGGCUGUGGUGACCGCUGUGGCCUCUCGCCUGGCCUUACAUCGACAUCACUUGGAGGAGACCCUGGCACCCUUCCGUCUGGACAGUGAACAGCUGAAGGCUGUGCAGGCCGAAAUGCGGGAGGCCAUGGUGCGGGGGCUCCAGGGCGAGGACUCCACCCUACCCAUGCUGCCCACCUAUGUCUGUGCUACACCUGAUGGUACUGAAAGGGGCGACUUCCUGGCUCUGGACCUUGGGGGCACUAACUUCCGGGUACUCUGGGUGAAAGUGGGCAGUAGGAGCGAGGGAGGUGUCAAGAUCACCAACCAGGUCUUCUCCAUUCCUGAGAGUGUGACCCAGGGGACUGGGCAGCAGCUCUUUGACCACAUUGUAGACUGCAUAGUGGACUUCCAGAAGGAGCAUGGUCUGAGUGGACAGACCCUGCCCUUGGGUUUCACCUUCUCCUUCCCCUGCAAACAAGUUGGCCUGGAUCAGGGUAUCCUCUUGAGCUGGACCAAAGGUUUUAAGGCAUCAGACUGUGAGGGCCAGGAUGUCGUGUCCUUGCUUCGAGCUGCCAUCAGACGCAGACAGGGAGUGGAGCUGAACGUGGUGGCCAUUGUCAAUGACACAGUGGGGACCAUGAUGUCCUGUGGGUAUGAGGACCCCCACUGUGAAGUCGGACUCAUUGUAGGGACUGGGACCAAUGCUUGUUACAUGGAGGAGCUGUGCAAUGUAUCUGCUGUGCCUGGAGACAAAGGCCGCAUGUGUAUCAACAUGGAGUGGGGUGCCUUUGGGGAUGACGGCUUGCUCAAAGAACUCUGUACACCCUUUGACAUUAGUGUGGACAAAUCCUCCAUCAACCCCGGCAAGCAGAGGUUUGAAAAGCUGAUAAGCGGCAUGUAUCUGGGUGAGAUAGUCCGCCAGAUCCUCCUGCACCUGACUUGCCUUGGGGUCCUGUUCCGUGGCCAGGUGUUCCAGUGUCUUCAGACCAAGGAUAUUUUCAAGACCAAGUUCCUGUCUGAGAUUGAAAGCAGUGACCUACAGAGGCGGCAGGUCCGGGCUAUCCUAGAAAAGCUGGGUCUGCCAGUGAGCUGCGAUGAUGCCCUGAUGGUCCGGGAGGUGUGUCAGGCAGUGUCCCAGCGGGCAGCUAAGCUGUGUGGGGCCGGAGUGGCCGCUGUGGUGGAGAAGAUCCGAGAGAACCGCGGACUGGAGGAGCUGAGUGUGGCCGUGGGUGUGGAUGGCACCCUUUAUAAACUACACCCCCACUUCUCGGACCAGGUGAAAGACACUGUGCGACACCUGGCCCCACGAUGCUCCGUCAGAUUCCUGCAGUCAGAGGAUGGGUCUGGUAAGGGAGCCGCCCUCGUCACUGCAGUCGCCUGCCGUCUGGCUGGAUCUACUCGGCCUUGAGAGGACUGCCCUCUGUGGCCCUAGUCCAGCCGUGUGGGGCGGGAUCAGGACCAGAACAUUCUAUCCGGGUCACACAGCCUCAGCCCCACAUACUCCUCUGCUCCCUGAUCUGUCAAAGGACCACUGGCAGGUGGCCUGAUGACGGAUGGAGCUCCUGGUUGCUUCCUUCUCCCUCCUCAUCCCUCCCCAUAGCCACUGGGCCAUCCCUUCUGGCCCCUGGGGGCCUGUGCCCCCACAGAAGAGAGACCAUUUAGCAAUAUAUAUCAUUUAUUUACAUUAUUCACGUCCGCUAAAAUCCCUACGUGCCCGGCCGGGCAAGGCUGUAUGUACAUAAGGCCAAGUGUAAGUACUUGAAUGCACUUUGAAUACAGAAUUAGAAAAAGAAA